UUUCACUGGGGCAAGUGGAAGAAGAGGAUGGGAGCGAGCGCCUCCUCCUCCAAGAGACCCGUCUUCGACGAGCGGGAGGACGUGAACUUUGACCACUUCCAGAUUCUGCGGGCGAUCGGGAAGGGCAGCUUUGGCAAGGUGUGCAUUGUGCAGAAGAGGGACACUGAGAAGAUGUAUGCCAUGAAGUACAUGAACAAGCAGCAGUGCAUCGAGCGGGACGAGGUCCGCAACGUCUUCAGGGAGCUGGAGAUCCUGCAGGAGAUCGAGCACGUCUUCCUGGUCAACCUCUGGUACUCCUUCCAGGAUGAGGAGGACAUGUUCAUGGUGGUGGACUUGCUCCUGGGUGGGGACCUGCGCUACCACCUGCAGCAGAACGUUCAGUUUACAGAGGAGACGGUCAGGCUCUACAUCUGUGAGAUGGCCUUGGCUCUUGACUACCUGAGAAGCCAGCACAUCAUCCACAGAGAUGUAAAACCAGACAACAUCCUCCUCGACGAGCAAGGUCAUGCCCACCUCACAGAUUUUAACAUUGCCACAAUCAUUAGGGAUGGAGAGCGAGCGACUGCCCUGGCAGGAACCAAGCCAUACAUGGCCCCAGAGAUUUUCCAUUCCUUCCUGAGCGGAGGGACAGGAUACUCCUUCGAGGUUGACUGGUGGUCCCUGGGAGUCAUGGCUUACGAGCUGCUGCGGGGCUGGAGACCCUAUGACAUCCACUCCAACAACCCUGUGGAGUCCUUAGUCCAGCUCUUCAGCACUGUCAGCGUUCAGUACUCAUCAGCAUGGUCAAAAGAGAUGGUGGCUCUGCUGAGAAAGCUGCUGACAGUGAACCCUGAGCACCGCUUCUCCUGCCUCGCUGACAUGCAGGCCUCAGCCUACCUGUGUGGCGUGGUCUGGAGUGACGUCAGCGCCAAGCACCUGGAGCCAGGCUUCGUCCCCAACAAGGGACGCCUGCACUGCGACCCCACCUUCGAGCUGGAGGAGAUGAUCCUGGAGUCCAGGCCCUUGCACAAGAAGAAGAAGAGGCUUGCGAAGAACAAGUCCAGGGAUAACAGCAAGGACAGCUCCCAGUCUGAAAAUGACUAUCUCCAAGAAUGCCUUGAAGCCAUCCAGCAGGACUUUGUCAUCUUUAACAGAGAGAAGCUAAAGAAGAGCCAAGAGCCGACGAGCGACUCCAUGUCCCACCCGGAGACCAGCACCGAGGCUGAGACAGAGGCCGAGGCCUCCAGCUUGAACAUGUGCAGCUCUGUCUGCUCCUCUGCAGGCAGCAGCUAG